CAGGCCGUUGAACUGCUCCAUCAGCGGCACGUCGCACAUCUAGAUCUCUCUCUCGGGAAUAUCCUGAUAUCCUUGGACACUGAAUGCUUCUGGGGACAGCAGCUGUACGCCAAUCACCCGUACAUCAUUGAUUUCGAACUGUCAAAGACGCUCGAGUUCGGGCCCGGAGAACAGACCGCAAUUGAACUCCCAUCGGAGUCGAUUCAUGUCGAAAAUUUCGGCCACACACACCUUGACCCAUAUUCAUUCGAUGUGUGGCUGCUUUCCAAAGCUCUCGAAAGCGGCCCUUUGAUGCUCACGUACAACAACGACUUAUCGACUGUACCAUGGAUUAUCAGGUGGUACAUCGGAUGGCUGAGGGGCAACGAGGCCGGCUGCCUCGGUGUAUGCACCUGUCGUCCUACCGUGACCCGAGCCCGAUGGGUCCUCCGGGGUAUACGGACAUGGGUAUGCAUAGGCGAGAGCAUCACUGGCCUUUUCGGUCUCCGUGCACUGUAUCAGAGACUCCGGUAUUCGGCUUUGUCCGUGCCCUAG